AAAUAUAUUUGAGGAAGUGAGCUACAAUCCUCUAUGAUUCUGGCAACGAAGAAACUGUUAUCACGUGAAGCUACAUCCUUCUUUUCUUUUUUUCUUUUGUUUUCUCUUAUCCUCAUGAGGAUAAGAAUCUUACUCAGCAUUUUUGGCUGCUAUCAUCUGUUUCUAGUAUAUUUCCCUUAGUAUUGGAAUACAGUAUAGAGAAAUGGUUAUAGUCUUGAAUAGAACCAAAACCAACCAUGCUUAAGGCAUAGGGGUGGAGCAAACACCUGUACCGUAGAUUUUAAUGCUAUUUUUCUUCACAUAAAAAACCUUGUUUUUUUUUAAUCUCAUCUAAAUUCUAAAAUAUCUCGACUACUGUUUGUUUAUGAUGAGCUGAUGAAGGGAUGGCAUUCCUUUAGUACCUCAUUAUAUUAUGACGUGAUAGUUAUUGCUUGGAUUUGAAUCUUGAUCUUAACCACAAAAACCAGUGAUAGAUAUUUGCCUUCCUUAUUGUUCUUUUUGUUUUGUGUCUGAAGCUUUUGAAGUUUUCUGUGCUGAUAAGGAUUAUUCUUGAAUGUUACUCAUUGUUUUUAAUCAGGCGUGACCGAUACUAGAUGCAUGAAUGCUGCCCAAGAAGAAAAUGAAUACGAAACCGUUCUUGCUUAUGUAAGCCAACUUAUAUAGGGGAGUAGCAUUCCUCGGUUAUGUUAUUUGAUAGUUUGUCAUGUGGUUGUAUCAACAUGUUUAAGAGGGUAUUUGUUGUUUUUGGUUCCUAGAGACUAGGAAUUGAAUCCUAAACUUGUGGUUAAGAGCAUAAGUAAUUUUAUUACUAGAUCAUAUGACUUAUGGUUAAGAGGGUGUUUGUUACUUGGUGAUGUGUGUUUGGUAUUCAGUAUCAUUAGAGAUGUAAGUUUGCUUGAUUUUACUAUUCCAAUUUCCAUGUCAGGCAAAUUUUAAGUUAAGAAUCGAAAAGGAGAAUUAAAGGUUGAAUUUAAUU